AUGCUUCGCAAUUUAGUUGUCAGAAAUGCGUGCAGAAAUAGGCCGUCAAUUCAGGUAGCAAGGGGCCUAUGCCGACAUCAAACAAGACGCCUCAUGGCUUCUUCCCCUCAGUUUGGUAAAAGCAAUGAUUCUAAGCAAGAAAAGACGGCGGGGUUUAUAAUGGGAAUUUUGUCGAUGGCCGGUGCCCUAUACUUCAUAGCUCCCAACAGGAAGCCUCUCUUUGCUUCAAGAAAGGCAGAAUCCGGUAAAACCGCAGAGGAAGAACUCUCAAGUGGUGGUGAGCAAUCAUCAGAUAACGGAAAUGAAGAUGAAGAUGAUGAUAACCAAACUGAAGCUGGUGCUGAGUUGGGUGGCGAUAAGAUCGGGGCCUCCAAAGUAGCUGAAGACGGCGAGUUGGUUGUUCUAGCUGAAAAGGAUGGAGAAGCAGCCGGAGACGGAGAAGUAAAUAAAUCAAAGGGUGAUGAAUCAUCGGAAGACAAUGAGCAAUCAAAGAAGAAUGAGCAAUCAAAUGAAGGAGAUGAGGUUUCAGAUGAGGAAAAGGACAAGAGUGUAAGUACUGGAAACAUAGGGCAGAACGCUAUUGCUAAAGCACAUGACAACAGUACCGAAUCUUUUGAGGUCGUCGAUCCUAUACAUCCAGAAGAAGAUAAGCCAAAAAAAAUACAAUCAAAUGACGAGAAAACCACCCAAGAUACUAAUAGUGAAGGGCAAUUAGACGAUCAAGCCGACUCGAGUAAAGUUGAAAAGCAAUCUCCAACUAGUGAUGAAGACAAAGAAGCACUAAGAAAGCAAGAGGAAAGGCAAAUGGGUCCUACCGAAGAGGAAGUCCAACAUGAGGGCGCUUAUAAUCCUGAUACAGGUGAGAUCAAUUGGGACUGCCCUUGCCUGGGAGGUAUGGCCCACGGCCCGUGUGGUGAAGAGUUCAAGACUGCAUUUUCAUGCUUCAUAUACUCUGAGGUUGAACCAAAGGGUAUCGAUUGUGUUGAAAAGUUCCAACAUAUGCAAGACUGUUUUAGAAGGCACCCCGAGCAUUAUGCAGAGCAAUUAAAGGAGACAUCGGAGGAUGAAGAAUCCGAAGAUAAAGCAAAGGCUAAUACUAUAGAAUCAGCACCAAAUGUAUCAAACGCGAAGGAGAAUGCGGAAAAAAAGGCAGAAAAGUCAGAUGUCAAGAAAGAACCAUUGAAUGAAGAUUCCAAACCUUAA